AUGGAGAAGAUACUCGCGUAUACGCGCCGCGAGGCGUGGGUGCUCGAGCCGGAGCCAUCGACGUUCGCGCCGAAUAGUAGGUGGUCGAACAAGGACAUGGACCCCGUCCCGCCCAACUGGAGGACAUGGACGACGUUCGACUACAUUGCGUAUUGGGUGUCGGAUGCGGCGAACGUCGCAGUGUGGGAGCUUGCGUCAAGCAUGCUCGCUAUUGGGGCUUUCGUGGUGCGCACUUUUCCUGCCAUCGCCGUAGGGCACAUCAUCACUUCGAUCGUCAUGGUGCUGAAUGGAAUGGCCGGGGCGCGGCUGCACGUCGGCUUCCCGGUGCUGAACCGCUCCUCGUUCGGGUUCUGGUUCAGCUAUUUCUCUGUCAUCUCCCGCGUCGUACUCUCCAUGUUCUGGUUCGGAGCCCAGACGUAUACUGGGUCCGAGUGCGUGUAUCAGAUGCUCAAGGCCAUCUGGCCCUCCCUCGCGCAUCUGGAUAAUGCUUUGGCGCCUGGGGCGAAUAUCACGACUGCUGGGAUCAUGUGCUAUUCCUUGUACUGGCUCAUCCAGUUCCCAUUGAUGUUCGUGUCACCGCAGAAGAUCCGCUGGCUGUUCAUGGUCAAGGCGUCCAUCGUCCCACCCGCUUGGCUUGCCAUGCUCGUUUGGUCGUUCGUCAGGGUGCCAUCGAAUAAGGGGUUGUUCGAGCAGCCUAGCGCGCUCUCAGGUAGCGCAAUAACGUACGUGUGGCUUAGUGCGCUAAAUAGUGCGCUGAGCAUCAACACGACCAUUGCCGUCAACAUCUCAGAUUUCACCCGCUACGGCAAAAACGCGCAAGCGCAGCGUGUGCAGCUGUUCAUCAUCCCCACCGCGUUCACUCUUGUCUCGUUCAUCGGCCUCGCCGUCACUUCCGCCGGCGUGACACUCUACGGCGGCGCGGUGCUCUGGGACCCGCUGCAGCUCAUCGACCACUGGGACAACCGCGCCGCGGCGUUCUUCGCCUCCUUCUCCUUCGUGAUUGCCACCCUCGGCACGAACAUCUAUGCGAAUUCGCUGUCGGCCGCAAACGACAUGACAGUGCUCUUUCCGCGGUAUAUCAACAUCCGCCGUGGGCAGGUGAUAUGCGCGAUCCUGGGCGGGUGGGCGUUGUGCCCGUGGGAGAUCCUUGCGAGCGCGCAGGGGUUCUUGAGCUUUAUGAAUGGCUAUGCAGUGUUCUUGAGCCCAAUUGCAGGGAUUAUGAUUGCGGACUACUGGAUUGUGCACCGAGGCAAGGUUGACGUGCCGUCGAUGUACCGACCCCGUGGGCUGUACAGGUAUACGUAUGGCAUUAACUGGAGAGCCGUGGUUGCUAUCAUGUUCUCAGUGCCUCCGAACAUGCCUGGCCUGAUUUCGUCAAUCAACCCGAAGAUCGCCGUCGGGAGUGCGUUGAAAAUUUACGACUUCGCAUGUAUAUUUGGGUUUGCAGUCGCCCUAACAGUGUUCUCGGUCUUAUCCUUUGCCUUUCCGGCGACCAAGACCUUCUUACGCGAAGCAGUCACGAGCGAAGAUUUGAGAGAGUAUUCAGAAAGCGAAAGGUCAUCGCACAUCGAGAAGGGCGUGGAUUCAGGUAUCUUAGUUGUCUGA